CAGAGUGCCUUUUAUUUUUUUAUGACAGCUGAAUGUUCAUGGAUGAGUCUGCAACAGCCGGUGGUCAGACUGCGGGGUGACAGUGGGUGCCGUAUGAACAUGAGAAACAACUGAAUUCCUUCGCAGGCAGUUAAAGCCUCUUGAUUUCAUCAGUUGCCUACCCUGGUGCUUCAAAUUACUGAUAGUAUGCAGUGGUUUGUGUCCGGAAAGCGGGGCCCUCUGAUUUUUUUUCUCGUGAGGAAACGGCUGUGACGUUUGCUGGAGGGAGGGAGGCGGCAUGACUUUGGCGCAGUCCGCAGGGCGUUACUCGGCUCGCGCCGGCUCUGGCCCCCACCCGCCGGAAGUGCACCACACGGGCGCCUCUUGGAGUUCUUCCCGCCUUCCCCUCACGGUUUCCGCUUCCGGUACACCGUUGCGCCUCUCUAUGGCCAUGGGAGGAGCGGGAGGCGGUGGGGCAGCGACGUCGCGGCGCGCAUGCGCAGCGCGGGAGGCGGAGGCGGGGGAAAAUGGCGGACGGCAGAGCGGAGGGGGAGAAGGCGAGGCGGCCGCCGCCCGCAGGAGUAAUGGAGGGGAAAGUUCGAGUCGCAGCGCAGAGAAACGGGCAGCUAAUGAAGAAGCUGAAGACUUCACCACAAAGCCUGCCCCUGCCAAAAUGUCCAAGUUUGGAUUUUCCAUAGGCAGUCAGACAUCAAAGAAGGCAUCUGCAAUAUCCAUCAAACUAGCAGCAAAUAAGCCUAAAGAGCCCGUUCCAACCCUUGCUCCAAAAACCCUUUCUGUAGCAGCGGCUUUCAAUGAAGAUGAAGAUAGUGAACCAGAAGAAAUGCCUCCAGAAGCUAAGAUGCGUAUGAAGAACAUUGGAAGGGAUACGCCAACCUCAGCAGGACCAAAUUCCUUCAAUAAAGGAAAGCAUGGGUUUUCUGACAACCAGAAGCUAUGGGAGCGAAAUAUAAAAUCUCAUCUUGGAAAUAUCCAUGACCAAGAGAAUAACUAAACAAUGUGGAUUGAGAUUUGGGUGUCUGGGGGGAGGGGAGGGUGUAACAUUAAAGGAACAGUCUCCUUUUUUAAGAAUGGUGUAAGACUAUCUUUGGAGCCACUUUUUUAAGAUUUUGAGUGGUACACUAAUAACUGAGUUUGAAAUUAGAGGUAAUUUAUGUUUUGUAUACAGAUCUCAAGGCAUUUGCUAAUUUUGUAGUUCCAUGUGAUUAGUUUCAAAAGGUUACAGAUAAUAAAGAAAUUGGAGUGGUACCUUUUUUAGAUUAUUAUUAUUUUUUUUUUCAGUGAUGAAUUAAGAUGGAGGAAAAAGGUUACUGUCUCUUUAAUCAGGUUAACAUAGAGUGCUCUUGCAUUCUUCUUUCUGGCUCCCUCUUCCUAACAGGAGAAGCAGUUGGCUCCUGGGAAUACUGCUAAAGAGUGAGCAUUGUCUUGUGCUAGAAGUGUUACUGGACUAUUGAUUUGAAUAAGAACUUAAACAGGAAACGUUAAGAACCUGGAUUUUUUUUUUCCCCCCUGCAGUUAACUUUUUGUUAAGUCUUUGCAAACUAGGAAUUCUGUUGCUCUGAGUGGCUCUGGUAACUUAGCUCUAAUUUUGUUUAAAACUUCAUGUAGGAUGUGUAACAUUCUGUGGCCUGUUUCACCCUGAGGAAAUGGGCCUCGUCUGUAUAUUAGAUACAGUCUGUAAAGAAUAUUCACUACAAGGAUAAAUCAGUAUUUUCAGUGUGCUCCUCUUAAGUCAUUAGCCUUGAGUAGUGCUUGUUAGCAUUUCCUUGUGAAUUAAAUAGAGACUAAUAUUAAAUGCAGUAACGAGUGGUACACAGAGGCCACCGCCAAAAGGACAAGAUAAUGUACGUUAAGCUUCCCGUUUGGUCGAAAUAUUUUUCUUUACUAUGCCUAGAAGGAAUAAAAGCCACACCAAAAAUCAAUAACUCACUGCUUAAGUAUGAAAAAUCUUAAGAUGCACUUUCCCUGUCUUGCCAUGUAAAACAAGAUGCCUCGAUGCCUGUAUGGACGCUAUCUGGUUUCAAACAAUCCUGGAUUGCAGUCCUACUGCGUGUAGUAUCAAGUAGAAAUAAAACUUGUCCUCUUCCUGUCUGUCUGCCUCUUGCAGUAGCUUGGCAAAAUAACGAAGUAACAGCUGCAACAACAACAAAAAAGCUUGGAGAAAACUUAAGGUUCUUUCUGGACUCCGAUACCCGGUAGCGUCAACAGCUACUUUCAUUUUAACCUGGAACUGAUUGGGUAUAUUAAUCGCUUUCGUCCUCUCUCAGAAGCCUUUCUUCAUGCUCAAUUUCAACCUGCAAGCGCGGAAAGGAAAGUGCAUCUUCGGUUGUAUUUUUUUAUUUCAUUUUAGGAAAGCUCUGACCACGUAGACUUUUGAGUUUGUAUGUUCUAAAAAACUAUUUUUUGUAUUUUUGUAUUGUACGUGUAAUCUUUUUUUCUUUUGAAGUCUGAUGCAGUUGAAUACCUGUAACUAUUUUCUUUAAAAGCCUUGUUAUAAACGUAACAUAAAAACGUAUACAUUAUUUUUUUUCCCAUA